AUGCUGUGCGAUUUCAGGACGGCCGGUCUUAUUCCUGUAAAUAAUGGCUGUCCACAAAUCGACCGCUUGGUGCGGAUAGUGAAGAACCCAGACGGAUCGCUAGCCCAGGCUGCCAUGAUGCAGAGUGCUCUAGCCAAAGAACGACGAGAGCAGAAAAUGCUACAAAGAGAACAGGAACUAGACUCUGUUCCCACUGGGCUGAACAAGAACUGGAUAGAUCCCCUACCUGACAGUGAUGGCAGAGCACUGGCUGCCAACAUGCGAGGGAUCGGACUGGCCAACCAGGACCUACCCGAGUGGAAGAAACAUGUCAUCGGUGGCAAGAAGAGCUCCUUCGGUAUGAAGACAAACAUGACACUACUGGAGCAGCGGCAAAGCCUGCCCAUCUACAAGCUGAAGGACGAGCUCACCAAGGCAGUAACGGACAACCAGAUCCUGAUUGUUAUUGGAGAGACUGGCUCAGGAAAGACAACGCAAAUCACUCAGUACUUGGCUGAAGCGGGGUUCACGGCACGGGGCAAGAUCGGCUGCACACAACCACGUCGUGUGGCCGCCAUGUCUGUGGCCAAGCGGGUGGCAGAGGAGUUUGGGUGCCGGCUUGGCCAAGAAGUCGGUUACACUAUCCGUUUCGAAGACUGUACGAGUCCGGAGACAGUCAUCAAGUACAUGACUGACGGAAUGUUGCUGAGAGAGUGUUUGGUGGACCUGGAUCUCAAGAGCUACUCAGUCAUCAUGUUGGACGAAGCUCACGAACGCACCAUACACACUGAUGUUUUAUUUGGACUGUUGAAACAAGCGGUGAAGAAGCGGGCUGAACUGAAGCUGAUUGUAACUUCGGCUACACUAGACGCUGUCAAGUUCUCACAGUACUUCUUUGAGGCCCCGAUUUUCACCAUUCCUGGCCGCACGUUCCCUGUGGAGGUGCUGUACACCAAGGAGCCGGAGACUGAUUACCUGGACGCCUCCCUCAUCACGGUGAUGCAGAUACAUCUACGUGAGCCACCUGGUGAUAUCCUGCUCUUCCUCACUGGUCAAGAAGAGAUUGACACUGCCUGCGAGAUUUUAUACGAACGCAUGAAGUCUCUCGGCCCAGACGUUCCAGAGCUCAUUAUCCUCCCUGUAUACUCGGCUCUGCCCAGCGAAAUGCAGACUCGGAUAUUUGAGGCUGCUCCACCUGGCUCCAGAAAGGUUGUGAUAGCCACGAAUAUAGCAGAAACGUCACUCACUAUAGAUGGGAUCUAUUAUGUUGUGGACCCGGGCUUUGUCAAGCAGAAAGUCUAUAAUUCCAAGACUGGGAUGGACUCAUUGGUUGUAACUCCGAUAUCUCAGGCACAGGCGAAACAGAGAGCUGGUCGUGCCGGGCGUACCGGACCAGGCAAAUGUUACCGUCUCUAUACAGAGAGAGCGUAUCGGGAUGAGAUGCUUCCCACGCCAGUACCGGAGAUACAGCGGACCAAUCUUGCAACCACGGUGUUGCAACUAAAGACGAUGGGUAUCAACGACUUGCUUCACUUUGACUUCAUGGACGCUCCUCCCGUGGAGAGUUUGAUCAUGGCCCUGGAGCAGUUGCACUCACUCAGUGCGCUUGACAAUGAGGGCUUGCUCACCAGGCUGGGCCGUAGGAUGGCAGAGUUUCCGCUAGAGCCCAACCUAUCUAAGAUGCUGAUCAUGUCAGUACACCUCCAGUGCUCUGAUGAGGUGUUAACUGUCGUCUCCAUGCUGUCAGUCCAGAAUGUCUUCUAUCGACCUAAGGACAAGCAAGCCUUGGCUGACCAGAAGAAGGCCAAGUUUAACCAGCCAGAAGGAGAUCAUCUGACACUGCUGGCCGUCUACAACUCGUGGAAAAACAACAAGUUCAGCAACGCUUGGUGCUACGAGAACUUUGUGCAGAUCCGAACUCUCAAACGUGCACAAGACGUGCGGAAACAGCUAUUGGGCAUCAUGGACAGACACAAGCUAGAUGUGGUGUCUGCUGGGAAGAAUACAGUCAGGGUCCAGAAGACAGUCUGCUCCGGAUUUUUCCGUAAUGCUGCCAAGAAGGACCCGCAGGAGGGUUAUCGAACUCUGGUCGACAGUCAAGUCGUCUACAUCCAUCCCAGCAGCGCAUUGUUCAACCGGCAGCCUGAAUGGGUGAUAUACCAUGAGUUGGUCCAGACAACCAAGGAAUACAUGAGGGAAGUUACAACCAUAGAUCCCAAGUGGCUUGUAGAAUUUGCUCCAGCCUUCUUCAAGUUCUCAGACCCAACAAAGCUCAGCAAGUUCAAGAAGAACCAACGACUCGAGCCCCUCUACAACAAGUAUGAGGAACCCAACGCCUGGCGAAUAUCUAGAGUACGACGGAGGAGGAACUAAACAGUGCUGCUCCUUUUACUCUUUUUUACUAUCAUACAUUUCUCUUGUAAAUACUUUUGUAAUGUUUAAAAUCAUCUUGAUAGUUGUUUAAUUUAAUUGUGUAUGGAUUUAUAAUUGAGAUUAUCUCUUUGAAAACUAUAAAGUAAAAAAAUUUCAUACAAUUAAAAAGUGUAUAAACAUAUUAACAAUAUUUGUUAAUAUUGUAUUCAAACAGCUUUCAAAUGAAAGCUAGUUUUAUAGGAUACAGAUAAUUUGAAGCCUAUGAUGAACCACAAACAAUUACAAUAGUAGCAGUUAUUAACUCCUAUGACAAAACAUGGUUUCAUUUAAAUGUAAUUAAUUACAUUUUGUUUAACAAUUAGUCAUUGGGUUAUUCAUUCUGAUUAAUUGUAAAGUAUGUUUAUAAGGUGUUUUUAUCAUCGUGUAAAUAAUGUAUUUAUCACAGUUUUAUAGAUAUUUAUUUGUUAAUUUAUUUACUGUCAGACUUUUGCAAUUUACUUUUAUUGUGAAAGCUAAAAAAGGUUUGUAGUUGUGGUUGUUCAAAUAUGUACCAUCAGUAUAGAGGUUUUAUUUUUUGAUUUUUAACUUUGUUGUAUAUAUUGUAAAUAAAAUUAUCUAUUUAUAAUUUCAAA